AUGUGGCACACAAUAUCAUCAUCCGUCACCAAAUGCACCGAACUCGAUCCUGCUCUAUCUCUGGAACUAGAAAAAAUCAUCGAGACGAUCAGUGCGCCUAAAAAAGGAUUGUUGGCCUGUGACGAGUCACCUGCGAGUCUAGAACAGAGAUUUCAGGAAAUCGGUAUAGAUAAUACCGAAUCUACGAGACGUGCUUAUCGAGAAAUGCUGUUGUCCGCUGACAAGUCUCAAUUCUCGCAAUACAUAAGCGGGGUGAUUCUGCACCAUGAAACGAUCCAUCAAAGAACGUCGGAAGAUGUGGAAUUCGUCGAGUUCCUGCGUCGAAGAAACAUCAUAGUCGGUGUGAAAGUCGAUCGAGGUUUAGUGCGUCUCUUCGGUACUGAGGACGAGAAGACUACGCAAGGUUUGGACAAUUUACAGGAGAAUUGUGUUCGGUACAAAAAGGAAGGCUGCCACUUCGCCAAAUGGAGAUGUGUUUUUUCGAUUUCGGAACGAUGCCCCAGUCACCUGGCAAUGAUCACCAAUGCAAAUGUUCUUGCGAGGUUUGCUAGCAUCUGCCAAAGCGCGCGAAUGGUUCCCAUAGUAGAACCGGAGAUAUUGAGCAAUGGCAAAUACGGUAUAGAUCGGGCUUUGCAAGUUCACGAAGAGAUGCUGUCCAUCCUGUUUCGUGCUCUGAACGAGUAUCACGUGUAUCUUGAGGGAAUGGUUUUGAAGCCAGCGAUGGUGCUGUCGGGCAUAAAAAAUGCAAUAAAAUGCACGCCGCAGAUUGUCGCUGAGUAUACGCUAAGAGCAUUACGAAGAACAGUACCCGCAGCAGUUCCAGCAAUUUUUUUUCUAAGCGGCGGUCAAACCGACGAAGAAGCGGUGUUAAAUCUAAAUGCCAUUAACGCAUGUGACAAUAAAAAGCCAUGGAGGCUUAGUUUCUGCUAUGGGCGUGCUUUGCAGAAUAUGGCGAUGAAAAUUUGGAAAAACAAUUCGGAAAACGUGGAUAAGGCUCAAGCAAUGUUUCUUAAAAGAGCUCAAUUAUGCUCCGAAGCAUCUUUAGGAGAAUUACAGGUUGAGGAGAACAACUUGUGCAUUCGAUCGAAUUAAACAGAUAUUUAGUUAUCUCUCUUUAUAUGUAGAUUAAUAUGUAGUUAUAAUAUGAACAUACUUUUAUAAAAUUUUAUAAUCGCCAGAAAAAUUA